CAAUUGCUAUCAUUUAAGAUAAUAUUUUCAAAAGUAAAGGAUGGUAACCACGAAUAUGGAUUAAGUGUCUUUCGUUAAUAAGUGUUAAACCUGAUAUAGGGGUUUACAAACAAUUUCCACAAUUGCAUCAACGUUAUAUGAUAGCCAGUGAUAGAGUGCGGACAUGUACUUGAUAAGUGAUACACUGACUUCAAUGAAACUUUAAAAAACUUCCGUAAUUCCGAUGAAACGACAGCAUGUGACUAUAAAAUUGUAACUAGGAAAACUGCUAGUUUGAAAUAAAAAGCUAGAUCCUCGCGUCUCCUGAUAUACGCCGUGUAUUCCGAAGUCCCUGAAGUGUUGUUCGUGUGUCGCAGAGAUGGCGGACGUAGAGAUCCGGUACUCGCAAAGAGAGGAGUCCAUCUCGCUUAUCAACGAGCGACAGACUCAUGUGCAACUGGCUGCGGGCCUGGCGGUUAAGAAGGGUCUGAACGUUCUCACCACCACUGUGUUUAUUGUUGGCGUUAUCGCAGGCUCCGGGUUCCUCACACUCCCCAAGGCCAUCGAUGACGCCGGUUGGAUUGGAUUCGUGCUGGUGUUUCUCUGCUGUUUCGUGUCGGCGUAUACGGGUGAGGUCUUAGGGCAGUGCUGGACACUGGCCCAGGAACGGAACCCAGAUCUCCAGCAAGGCAGUGUCCGCUACCCGUACCCCGCAAUAGGACAGGUGGCUUACGGUAAAGUUGGCAGGUACGUGAUCUCGUUCUCAGUGAACUUUACGCAGUUUGGCGCCACAGUGGUAUAUAUCCUGCUGGCGGCGGAGAACAUCGUCAAGCUACUUCCGGUCCACACGAAUGUCACAUGUUGCCUCGUGGCCCUCAUCGUUGGCUGCAGCAUGAUGCCCUUUACCUGGUUCGGCACGCCCAAGGAGUUCUGGGGCGUGGCGACCGCUGCUACUCUAGCCACCGCCACAGCCAGCAUCGUUCUUUUUGUGGCCGUCAUCGUCCAUGGACAUGACGUCGACUUGAGCGACGUUCGUCACUCUGACGUCACGGCGAUCACGUUCUUCACGGCGUAUGGAACGAUCUGUUUCGCGUACAACGGCCAUCCGUGCUUCCCGACCUUCCAGUCUGACAUGAAUGACCCACACAAGUUCGGAAAGGCGCUCAUGCUGGGAUAUUUGAUCGUGUUGCUCAUGUACACGCCCAGCUCGGCGGCGGCCUACUUCAUCUACGGCCAUGAGGUGGAGCCGAACGUCCUCAACACCCUUCCGUCGGGGGCGGCCACUACUGUGGUAUCGCUUCUGAUGACCGCGCAUCUGCUGUUUGGUAUUGUGAUCGUCUCCAACCCCGUCUCCCAGGAGAUAGAACACAUCCUCAAUGUCCCAGACCACUUCACGUGGCGGCGGGUGUUGUCGCGGACGGGCGUGCUGGGGGCGGCCCUGUUCGUAGCGGAGUCAGUGCCGCACUUCUCCUCCAUCCUGGCGCUGGUGGGCGGCUCCACCAUCUCCAUCCUCUCCUUCAUUUGCCCGCCACUUUUCUACAUGAAACUCUGCAAUGGCACAGACACUUUACCGCCCAGGGAGAUCCCUCUGUACAAGCGUGUGUUACUGUACGAGAUCGUGUUAACGGGCGUGUUGGCCGGGGCCGCCGCCACCUACUCUGCCGCCUCUGACCUCGUCCAGAAUCAGUUUACCGUCCCUUGCUACGUGGAUGCACAUCGCGCAUGCCCAGCUCGUUAACGCGGGUCCGAAAGUUAGGACUGGGCCGGUAAUUACUACUUGCAGUAAUACCGGAAAGCGCUAAUACAAGAAUAGCGUUAAUUCGAGAGAGUGUAAACAUAAGUUUAGUUAAUAUGAGAUAGAAGGGAAUGUUUGACAAAUGACUGUAUAGGAAGGAUUGAGUGUGCUCAUUAUAUCCUCUGAUUUGUUUUAAGCUUUGCCUAUAGAUCUUUUCUGAUCCGUGCCAUACGAUUAUCCUCGGCCGAGAAAACUUGUCUGUGCCUGAAACAGCCCGGUUCAUCGAUGUGCAAUAAUCAUUGUGCAAUCGUUUUUAUUUGCAUUUGUACAACAUGGUAUAAAUAUUCGAAUUGUA